AUGAGGUGGAAUCGCCUGCUCCAGCCCAGUCCUGUCCGCCCCCCGUGCUGGUCGCGAAACCGGGGAAGCGCUUCUGCCACGGCCCAUGUGCUCUCUCCAUGUCGCCUGCGCUGCUCUUCAACCCUCCGCCCAGCCACCAUUGCUGAGCUGCUGCGCCCGUCUCCGCAGCCCUCUUUUCCACACGGCGGCACGCUGACCGUCAACGGCUAUGUUCGCACCGUGCGCAAGCAGAAGCGCAUUGCCUUUGCCGCCAUCGGCGACGGCUCGACGCUGCAGACGGUGCAGGCUGUCCUCCCUCCCCAGCUCGCAGAAGGACUUUCAACCGGUGUCGCUGUAACAGCCACCGGGAAAUGGACGCCUUCGCCCGGCCAGGGACAGUCACAUGAACUCCAGGUGGACCAGGUGCGGAUAUUGGGAGAAAACGACGCUCCAACGUAUCCCAUACAGAAGAAGUACCAGACGCCCGAGUUUCUUCGCACCCUUCCGCACUUGCGCAGUCGACUGCCCUUCAACGCGCUGCUGCUGCGCUUGCGGUCCCUAGUCACGGCCCAGGUGACGAGCUACUUUGCGAAACAUGACUUCGUCCAAUGCCACCCUCCAAUCAUCACGUCCUCUGACUGUGAAGGCGCGGGCCAAGUCUUCACCGUGGCGCCCGAAGCACCGUCGGCACCCGCCACGCCCUCUUCCACCCAGGCCAAGCAGCAGGACGACUUGUUUUUUGGCGCUCCAAAGUACCUGACCGUCUCCAGCCAGCUGCACCUGGAGGCGCUGGCCCAGUCAGUAAAUAAAGUUUGGACCCUAUCUCCGACGUUCCGUGCCGAAAAGAGUGACACGGCACGUCAUCUUAGUGAGUUUUACAUGCUCGAGGCCGAAGUGGCCUUUGUAGACAACGUCAGUGUCAUCAUGGACACGGUAGAGGACAUGCUGCGCUCCGUUGCUUCUGAGCUGCACACAUCACUCGUAGGUCAGGAGCUCCUCGAGGCACGCGCACGGGACCAGGACCAAGACAGCGCAUCUGUGUCCCACGCUACCCUUGCACAACGGUGGCAGGGGCUAAUCGCUGGGUCGUGGCCAAGAAUCACCUACAAGGCUGCAGUACAGCACCUCCAGGACGCUGUAGCUCAGGGCAAGGCGGCGUUUGAGUAUGCACCUGGCCAUGAAAACGGCCUGCAGACCGAGCACGAACGUUUCCUGGCUGAAAGCCUGGGGAAUGGCGGACCCGUCUUUGUCACAGACUACCCGCGUAACAUCAAGCCAUUCUAUAUGGCGCCAUCAACUGACGCCACGCCUGAGGACAGCGCAGCGCCGACGGUCGCAUGCUUCGACCUGCUCGUACCCGAGAUCUGUGAACUGGUCGGCGGCUCCAUGCGUGAGCACAGGCUACCCAAUCUCCUCAAGUCCAUGGACGACCAUGGCCUUGGACAUGUCACGGACGGGUCCACCGACGCAUCAGAUGGCUCGUUGCAGUGCUAUGAAGCGCUGCCGCCCAACUUCUCCCUCACUGCGAAUAUGCUCGCGGGCGCAUUCGCGGGCGUCGCUGAACACUCAGUGAUGUAUCCAGUGGAUUUGCUCAAGACCAGAAUGCAGAUCGUCAACCCCUCCCCAAGCGCAAUGUACAGCGGCAUAUCGAACGCCAUGGUCACCAUAUCGAGAGCGGAGGGGUUCUGGUCAUUAUGGAGAGGACUGUCGAGCGUAGUCAUGGGUGCAGGUCCCGCCCACGCCGUUUACUUUGCAUCGUAUGAGGCCACGAAGCAUGCCCUCGGCGGAAACGAGGGAGAGAGCCACGAGCACCAUCCCCUUGCAGCAGCUGCUAGCGGUGCCGCAGCCACCAUUUCCAGCGACGCAUUGAUGAAUCCGUUCGAUGUCAUCAAGCAACGCAUGCAAAUGCACGGUUCGAUAUACAAGUCGGUUCCUCAAUGCGCCCGAGAGGUGCUCCGCACUGAGGGCAUCGGCGCAUUUUACGUCUCCUACCCCACAACACUAUGCAUGACGGUACCAUUCACGGCCCUGCAAUUCAUGGCGUACGAAUCCAUCUCCAAGGUCAUGAACCCUACCGGCCGAUACGAUCCCUACACCCAUUGCUUCGCGGGCGGCGUUGCGGGCGGAUUUGCCGCAGGCCUUACCACACCACUGGACGUUAUCAAGACGCUUUUACAAACGCGGGGCAACGCAAGGGACGUGGAAUUGAAAAAUGUUUCGGGUCUGUUGCACGCUGCAAAGAUCAUUCACCAAAGAGAAGGAUAUCGAGGAUAUUUCCGUGGACUGAAGCCUCGAAUCAUCACCACCAUGCCCAGCACUGCCAUCUGCUGGUCCGCAUACGAAAUGGCCAAGGCCUUCUUCAUCCGGAGAAGCACCAACUCGUCCACAGCCAUAUAAUGAGGAGGGGGUGCAAAUCGGUUCUAUUUCCAGUCAUCAUGGCGACGAGCGCCCGAAUACCACGAUGAGCGCAUUGGCAAUUGAGCAAUAGGCUUGUAGCGUCGCGGAGUAGAGCCCACUGCAGAUUUGGGCAUCAGAGGCAAGAUGCAGUCUUUCUGUCUGGCGUGGGCAGAGCAAGAAGCUGCGUGGCGAUGCUUCUUGUCAUUGUGUAGUGCUGCGAGCUUUUCUGAACGCGCUGUCGGGCGGCGUAUGGGCGCUUGGUUAUGUGAGCGCUUGGCGGCUAGCGCAGAUAGUUGUACCAUAGGAGAAAAUCAAAUACCGGCACUGCUCAUGAUGCCG